AUGCCAAUGUUGCGCACCCGAAUGGUGGGGAAAGCCCCCGGCAUGCUCCGAGUUCGGAUGAUGGCAUCGGGGGUGGAGGUCCUGGCUUUGUCCGCGCCAGACUAUGAGGCCAUGGUAGCGGCCACGGGGAGGUCGGUACGAAGUCUGAAAGAGCACCUGUCGCGCUUGACUGGAUCCCCGCGCUUUCGCUUGCGGCUGUUGCAUAGAGGAUCCACGCUGCACGACGAGACUUGCUUGGACCUUCCAAUCUCUUUGGAGCUUGUUCAGUUGAUGUUUCAAGCUCCAGACACCACCCUUCUGGCAGAAGUGAGCCAAGCGGCUUCCAUUGGCGACGUGGCAGUGGUGGAAGCUUUCCUUCAACAGCCUCAAGAUCCGGAUCUCCCAGGGGACAGGGGUCUCACCUGUCUUUCUUGGGCUUCCCGAAGUGGCCAGUUGAGAUCUGCAAAGCUGCUCUUCGAGGCGCGAGCGGAUGUGAAUAAGGGCGACGACCAUGGCGUUGCACCUUUGCACCUGGCAUCUGCUGAGGGCCAGAAGAAGGUGGUGCGAUGGCUGCUGAAGCAGGGCGCUGACACGAGUGCUGCCACCGCGCAUGGCGACACCGCCUUGCACUUUGCAUGCGACAUGGGCCAGCGGAGAAUCGCGCGCAUGCUGCUUGAGGCGGGUGCAGAUGCCGAGCAUGAGGAGUCCCGGGAAGGUGCAACUCCCUUGCAUUGCGCAUGCCUGUCAGGCCAGGUGAAAGUUGUGCAACUGCUGCUUGGAGCCGGCGCGAACGCAAACAAGCAGACGCAACGCGGCGCGACGCCCAUACACUGGGCUUGUCACCAUGGCCACGUGGAGGUGGCGCGCACGUUGAUGGCAGCAGGUGCCAAUGUCAACCAUUGCAGCACCACCGGAGCAACGCCCGUCUACUGUGCUUGCGACGGGGGCCACGUGGAGUUGGUAAGGUUCUUGAUCAAGGCUCGUGCUGACAUUCACUGCAUCACGGCGAACGGCAUGACGCCGCUGUUUGUUUCAAGCUUUCUGGGGCAUGAGGAGAUUGUGCGCAUGCUGGUGGCGGCAGGCGCGGACGUCGAACAGGUUACAGGUGGUCAGACGCCACUGUACAUUGCCUGCAUCAAUGGGCAUGUGGGCAUCGUGACAGCUUUGCUAAAGGGGAGAAAAAAAGCUUCCAGAGGCAGGGGCCGGAAAGCCGCCCAUGCCUCCCUCGAGUAUGACUCUAUGAUCAUGAGAGCUUUGCACCUGGCAUGUGCCUGCAGACAUGUGGAAGUGGUGCAUCUUCUGCUCAGCACUGGAGUUGACGUGAACGGCAUCGACACGCAUGGCAUGGCACUCUUGCAUCAUGCCUCCGCACUGGGGCACGCAGAAGUUGUUCGCCUUUUGCUUCAAGCUCAGGCUGCCGCCGAUGUGGUAACGCCGGGCGGAACAAGGCCUUUGCAAUUGGCCUGCCUCGCAGGUAACAUGCACACAGCAGAGCUGUUGAUUCAGCACGGGGCCAGGAUGGACCUGACAGACUCACAAGGGGUAACGCCACUCCUGGCUGCCUGCUACCUCCCACACGUCGAAAUCGUAAAGCUCUUGCUGGACCAUGGGGCUCGCACCAACACACCGGCCGCAGAUGGCACUUUGCCACUGCAUGUGGUCUGUGGACAUGGUCACGAAGAGCUGACCCUGGUACUCCUCCAUGGGGGAGCAGAAAUGGAGACGCCGAUGCAGGACGGCAGAACAGCACUCGGCAUUGCUCGCAGUCUUGGCCACUGGGGCGUUGUACGCUUGCUCAUGGAUGCUGGUGCUGUUGAAACGAGACAGCCAAAGAGGAGACGCCGAAUGAAGGGCCCGUAG